CCGGCCAUGCCCGGCCGGGGGCCCGGCCCGUCCCCGGAGCGUCCAGCCGGAGCCCGGCCCAAGGACCAACCGCUCACGGUAGCUCUACGGAUUCGCCCAAUUAAUGAUGUUGAACUGGAUGAGGGUGCUACUAUCAUAGCUCAUAAAGUGGGUGAUCAGAUGGUAGUUCUCAUGGACCCAGGUGAGGAUCCAGACGAUAUCUUGCGUGCAAAUCGAUCCCGAGAAAAGACAUUUAUAUUUGAUAUGGUGUUUGAUCAUCAAGCUUCCCAGGAGGAGGUUUAUAGUUCCACAACCCAGCACUUGGUGGAAGGAGUGAUUUCUGGAUACAACGCAACGGUGUUUGCCUAUGGACCAACAGGUGCUGGGAAGACCUACACCAUGCUGGGGAUGGACUCGAAGCCUGGGAUUUAUCUCCAGACUCUGAGCGAACUCUUUAGGGUUAUUGAAGAAAGCAGUGAUAACAUGCAUUACACAGUCUCCAUGUCUUACCUGGAGAUCUAUAAUGAAGUAAUCCGUGACCUUCUAAAUCCAUCAUCAGGGUUCCUGGAGCUGCGGGAAGAUUCCAAGGGGAGCAUCCAAAUAGCAGGAAUCACUGAGGUCUCCACCACAAAUGCCGAAGAAAUCAUGCAGCUAUUGACUAAAGGCAACAAGCAGCGCACUCAGGAGCCCACUGCAGCCAACAAGACCUCCUCCCGUUCCCACGCCAUCCUACAGGUCACUGUGAGGCAGAAGAAUCGGCUGAAGGACGUCACUGAAGAAGUGCGCGUGGGGAGGCUUUUCAUGGUGGACUUGGCAGGGUCAGAAAGAGCGUCCCAGACUCAGAAUAGAGGCAAGAGAAUGAAGGAGGGAGCUCACAUCAACCUCUCCCUCCUGGCUCUGGGCAACUGCAUUAAUGCCUUGAGUGAAAAGGGAGGGAGUCGAUCUCAGUACAUCAAUUUUCGAGACAGCAAACUCACACGCUUGUUGAAGGACGCUUUAGGCGGGAACAGCAGAACUGUUAUGAUUGCUCACAUCAGUCCUGCAAGUAUUUACUUUGAAGAAUCUCGGACAACCUUGAUUUACGCCUAUCGUGCAAAAAACAUCAAGACAAGAGUGAAACGUAACCUGUUGAAUGUCUCCUAUCACAUUGCUCAAUACACUGACGUCAUUUCAGACCUCCGAAGAGAAAUCGAGCAUCUGAAAUCAAAAAUUGAAAAGCAGGAGAAGGAAAAGAAAAAUGAACCCUUUACCAGAGAUGUACAAGUGGAGGUACAUCAGGACUCAGAGGAAGAUAGACGGAUGCGAUUGAAUAAGAUCCGGGAGCAGCUGAUUGGUGCAUUCAAGGAGCAGAUGGAGAUGCGUCACAGCCUCAUGGAGCUGGAGAACACAGAUAUUGAACUGCAUAUUGAUACCUCCCGACACCUGCUGACCAUUGCCGACUGGGAACGAGAAAAGACUCACCAUGCCCAUAAAGAGAAGAAUGCAAAGGAGAAAGUGGAUGAAAAUGUGAAGAUUGAUGAAGAAGAGGAAGAGGCAGAUUCUCUUGAACCUCAUGAGGUUGCAGUAGCGAGAGAAGAGAUUAACAUGUUGUUAACAGAACAGAGAAAAACAGCAACUUUAAAGACUGGGCUGGAGCAGCGUUUAGCAAACACCAAGAAGAAAGCCUCCCAGAUGGAGAAGCUAUUACCCAAGCACAUAAUUAACGAGGACCAGAGGGAGGUGCUGAGACUUCUUUGUAAAGCUCAUGAACUUGAGGUGGGGAAUACGGAAUUACAGGCCAAUAAUUUGUACAAAAAGAAUCUGUUGUGCCAGAAGGAUUUUGUGAUUCAGCGUUAUCACCAGCAUAGGCUGCUCUGUGAGGAUAUCAUCCAACAGCAACGAGCACUUAUAAAGGAGCAUUGUAUCUCUGUGCCGGAGCUACUGGAAAAACGGUAUCAGCUGUACUUCAGAGAGUUAGAGGAAGGAACCCUGAAUCGUCUGCUUCUGCAACACUCAGUGUUGUUCAAUUCACUCAGGGAUGGCUCUGUUCUGAAUAUAGCUCAACAGUUGGAGUGUCAGAAGGAGGAUACCCGCAAAGACCUGUUCAACAACAGGAAGGACCUUCCAUGGGGAGCAAAUUUUGAGCUUCCUCCUAUUGUUUUAGAGUCAGACAGUGAAGGCUACAAAUCCUCAAAAGUCACACCAUCUAAGAAACUCAGGAAGCCAGAUACCCUUCUCACCCCUACCUCCUUUCGUAUUCUGGUAACUCCUCCAAUGAAUGAGAAACCAACUUCUCCUAGCAUGAAAAGGAUGGUUUCCAAGUUUUCUCCUACUCACCCGGACUUAAAUAUGAAGAAACUAGGGGAGGAUGUCCCUGAUCCUUCGCUGAGUUCAGAAGCCCUGAAAGAAGUGGCAACAAAGACCAAGAGCAUCUCCCUCAUUGCUGCCAGCAGACGCUCUAGGGUGCAGGAUAGAGACAACGGAAGUGGCCACGUGUCUGUGAAUUUCCUUGAGGGACCUGACUGUUUGAAACCCAUUGUUGCUCCUGACCCAGAAGAGUCUCAAAGGAAAGUUCAGGCUGACAAGAGGCACCCUCAUUUUAGCCCUGGGAAAGACCCAAGGAAGGAAAAGCCAAGGGUCAACUCUGCGGAGAGGCAAUCUGGAAAGAAGCGAUCGCAUUCUUUUAUUCGAAUCUCUCAAAUGGGAGCUGAGAAACCUAGAACUCCCACUAUGGACCAUCCUACUGAGAAUCAAUCGCUGCAAACCCACUUCUUCCAUCAGUCCAGGGCUAUGAAGAGCUUGUCUCCUGCUGUUCCAACAGCCACCAGGAUCAAAUUCCCCAUCACUCACCAUGCAGAUGAAAACACACUACAGGUAUUAGAGAUCAAUAAGAUUUCCCCCAGCACAGUCCAGCAGAGCAAUGCAGAUCAGAAAAGAGGACAACUGCACAGGGAGGUCAAAGGACCUGUAGACAGUGGCAGCAGACAUCAGAGUCCUGUGCAUCCAAGAAAGCAACCAGCGGGAAGCUUGAAGAGACCAAAUUAGAUGAACAGAGGUGGAAGUGGAAGAGCUGAUCAUUUUCAGACAGAGAAGCAGGGGCUGCCAAAAAGAGCUAAGGCAUGAGUUCGUCUCCUCCUCCUCCUCCAGAAAUGGAUUUGGGUCAGGGAGAAAUGAGACUGGAAGGCUUCAAGAAAGGGACAUUACAUCGGAUGUUUCUUUUCUCCGGACCUCCCAUGGUCAGUAAGAAGAGCAGUGCCUAAGCUUUAAGUAGACUUUCAAAGGCAAACCAACUGCUGUACUUUAAUCUGUACUUUAGAGAAGCAACGUGGCUCAGCGGAAAGAGCAUGGGCUUUGGAGUCAGAG